AUGAUAUUUGUUAUAUUGAUUGCUCUUCUGCAAGUAAGUGAUGUUUUAAGCGGAAUAAAUCCUGAUUGGACAAGAUGUAAGUGUCGAUGGGACAACUGGCAAGCAUGGUCAUCUUGUAGCCAAACUUGCGGUGGGGGAUAUAAAUAUCGGAGCAGAAAGGUUUACUUGCUAACAUCAUGUCCCUUUAAGUUUGAAACUUGUGCUACAUCCGACAUGGGUAGUGAUCAUGGUUCUUGCAAUCAAAUUUGUUAUAAUGGAGGUACCUACAAAGGGCUUGGAUGUUCUUGUAGAGACGGAUGGUAUGGGCAGUGUUGUUCGCAGGAAGUAACCUGUGGAAACCCUGGUUCCAUAGCCAAUGGUGCUGUAGUAGGAUCAGAGUAUACAUACAUGAAGACAGUAAAUUAUGUCUGUAACACUUAUUACAAUCUUACUGGAGGAUCCGCAUCUAGAACUUGUUUACUGUCUUCGUUAUGGAGCGGAAUCAAGCCAAGAUGUGCUUUUAUAAACUCUUGUGCUAGUAAUCCUUGUUUGAAUGGCGGUACUUGCAAAAAUGGAUUGGAUAGAUACGAUUGUUUUUGUACACCCAGCUUCUCCGGACUUAACUGCGAGAAUGAUAUUCAAGCACCUGUUGUACGGGGUUGCCCCGGCAACAUAACUUCUUACUCUAAAAAUCACAAUAUAUUUGUGAAUUGGACAGCGCCAGUUUUUUCCGAUCCAGUAGGAAGAGAUAUAAGAGUAACAACUAAUUAUCCAGAAAACAACUGGAAUUUCCCAUGGGGUGAUUUUAUGGUACAAUAUACCGCACUGAAACCUUCCAAUGGCCUUCAAACAGACUGCAAUUUCAGCAUAAAGACGAGACCCCAUCCAUGCCCUGAUCUGGUUGCACCAGCUAAUGGUGCCUUAGUUUGUAAUUCUUGGAAACAUGAUUAUGGUCGUUUUUGUCUUUUAAUCUGUGGAGAAAAUCACCGUCUGGAAUUAGGACAUGAUCAAAAUCAGUGGUAUGUUUGUGGAGCCAGUGGUAGAUGGACACCAAGCCAAGAAGUUCCAAACUGUACAGAUCUACUUCCUGGAAUACCUCAUCAUAGAGUGAAUAACUUCCGCUUUGUUUCCUGUGAAGAUGAACAGGAAAAAAGAAAGAUACAAAGCAUGUUUAUAACAAAGCUAAAAGGUUCAAAUUAUGAGUACUUUUGUGCGAAAUUUGCGGAGGAAUGCAAAGAAAGUAACGUCGACAUUAAAUGUGGGCUUACGUGA